GCCGCGAGGCGCGCGCCUCUCCUCGCACCCCCUUAACCCCGGGUCCCCACGCUCGGCUGGCUAGCCGAAGCUGCUGAGGUCGUGCGUGCGGGCACUGCCAAAUGGUUCCGGGUUUAGGGUUCACAGGUCAGAGUUGACUCCCUGAAAAGUGCAUUCGGUUUGAAAUGCAAGAUGGCGGCGGCGGCGGGGCGCUGAGAGGCGCGGCGGCGCCUGCAGGAUCCUGUGGACCUGUUUGCAAGGAUGGCCUGAGCUAAGCGUCUCCUGAUUUAAAGGGAUAUCCUCCCAUUUCAAAGAACAGGAUGCUCAGGAAGCUUCGGCAAGUGAUUGGACUUGUGCGUCAAAAAUUUCAACAGUCCAGCAGUAUUUUUUCUUCCAAUAAUAUACUGUUUACUUGAUUGCACCAUGAAAACGCUGCUAUUGAGUCUUGUUGAGCGCAAAAAUGGACUUGAAGAACCAAAAGUCAUUGUUUUCAAAUGAAGAAUACUGAAUAGUUCCAGGCCUCAAUGCUUCUGAAUCACCACUGAGAUUCCCCCAUCAUCAGGAUGGCAAGCAGGCGAAAGUCUACAACACCGUGCAUGGUCCUUGCCAGUGAACAGGAUCCUGACCUUGGACUGACCUCAGAUGUGGAUGACGGCCCCCCUGUCCUCACACCUAUAGAAAACACCAGAGCAGAGAGCAUCUCAAGUGAGGAAGAAGUCCAUGAAUCUGCAGAUUCUGACAAUCAGCAAAGUAAGAAAGUGGAAGGCGGCUAUGAAUGUAAAUAUUGUACUUUUCAAACUCCAGACCUAAAUAUGUUUACUUUCCAUGUGGAUUCAGAGCAUCCCAAUGUAGUGCUAAAUUCAUCCUAUGUUUGUGUUGAAUGCAAUUUCCUUACCAAAAGGUAUGAUGCACUUUCUGAGCAUAAUCUGAAAUAUCACCCUGGAGAAGAUAAUUUUAAGUUGACUAUGGUGAAACGUAACAACCAGACAAUCUUUGAGCAAACAAUAAAUGAUCUGACUUUUGAUGGUAGUUUUGUGAAAGAGGAGAAUGCGGAACAAGCAGAAUCUACAGAGGUUUCUUCUUCGGGCAUAUCUAUCAGUAAAACUCCCAUCAUGAAAAUGAUGAAAAAUAAGGUGGAGAGCAAGCGAAUUGCAGUCCAUCACGAUUCGGCUGAGGGCACUCCCGAAGAGAAAGAGAAUGAAGUCAAGCCGGACCGUGAAGAAGUUGAGGAAAAUCCAAGCUCUUCAGCGUCUGAAUCUAACACCAGUACUUCGGUUGUGAACAGAGUGCACCCGAGUACCGCCAGCACCGUGGUGACCCCGGCAGCAGUUCUGCCUGGGUUAGCGCAGGUGAUCACUGCAGUGUCUGCUCAGCAGAAUUCUAACCUGAUUCCCAAAGUCUUAAUCCCUGUGAAUAGCAUCCCCACCUACCAUGCUGCAUUGGACAACAAUCCCCUCUUGCUGAACACCUACAACAAAUUCCCUUAUCCGACAAUGUCAGAAAUUACAGUUCUCUCUGCUCAAGCAAAAUACACAGAGGAACAGAUCAAGAUAUGGUUUUCAGCACAGCGUCUAAAACAUGGUGUUAGUUGGACUCCUGAGGAAGUGGAGGAGGCAAGAAGAAAGCAGUUCAAUGGGACAGUGCACACUGUCCCUCAGACCAUAACUGUCAUUCCUGCCCACAUUUCCACGGGGAGUAACGGCUUGCCAUCUAUCUUACAGACAUGCCAGAUAGUUGGUCAGCCAGGCCUGGUUCUUACCCAAGUGGCCGGAACAAAUACUUUGCCUGUCACAGCACCAAUAGCCUUGACGGUGGCCGGGGUUCCAAAUCAAACGAAUGUACAGAAAAGUCAGGUGCCCGCCGCUCCGCCUGCUGCAGAAACAAAGCCUGCAGCAGCAGCAGUUCCCACUUCGCAAAAUCCCAAACAGGAGACUGCCUUGGUCAACCCUGAUUCAUUUGGCAUUCGGGCCAAAAAAACAAAGGAACAGUUAGCAGAAUUAAAAGUUAGCUACCUGAAAAAUCAGUUUCCCCAUGACUCAGAAAUCAGCAGACUGAUGAAAAUAACAGGCCUAACGAAAGGAGAGAUUAAAAAAUGGUUUAGCGACACCAGGUACAACCAGAGGAAUUCCAAGAGUAACCAGACCUUGCAUCUCAACAGCGAUGCCUCCACCACCACCAUCAUUAUAGACUCGAGCGAUGAAACCACAGAGUCACCCACCGUCGCCACCUCACAGCAGAAGCAGUCCUGGAAUCCUUUUCCUGACUUCACACCCCAGAAGUUUAAGGAGAAAACUGCAGAGCAGCUUCGUGUCCUCCAGGCAAGUUUUCUCAACAGCUCCAUACUGACAGAUGAAGAAUUAAACAGGCUGCGAGCGCAAACCAAGCUAACGAGAAGAGAAAUCGACGCGUGGUUUACAGAGAGGAAGAAAUCAAAAGCUUUAAAGGAAGAGAAGGUAGAAGUUGAAGAAAACAAUGUGGGCAGUUCCAAAGAAGAAGCCGGAGAAACUUCUCCUGGAGACGAGUCCGUUGCCCCGAAGUCAGGGGGUACAGGCAAGAUAUGUAAGAAAACGCCUGAGCAGUUGCACUUGCUGAAAAGCGCGUUUGUCCGGACGCAGUGGCCCUCGGCCGAGGAGUAUGACAAGUUGGCGGAAGAAAGUGGACUUGCUAGAACGGACAUCGUUAGCUGGUUUGGAGACACCCGCUAUGCUUGGAAAAACGGAAAUCUGAAAUGGUACUACUACUAUCAAAGCUCCAACUCCAGCGCUUUGAAUGGCCUGUCUUCCCUUCGGAAAAGGGGGCGGGGGAGGCCCAAAGGACGGGGACGAGGAAGACCCCGAGGGCGGCCCAGAGGAGGCAAGAGGAUGAACAACUGGGACAGGGGACCGUCACUUAUAAAAUUUAAAACUGGAACCGCAAUACUUAAGGAUUAUUACCUGAAGCACAAAUUUCUGAAUGAACAAGACCUGGACGAGCUGGUUAACAGGUCGCACAUGGGCUACGAGCAGGUCCGAGAGUGGUUUGCAGAAAGGCAGAGAAGAUCAGAGUUAGGAAUGGAGUUAUUUGAGGAAAAUGAGGAGGAGGAGGAAGCUGCGGAGGAUCAGGAUCUGGAGGAUGAAGAAGAAACGGAUGACAGUGACACGUGGGAGCCUCCCCGGCACGUGAAGCGGAAGCUUUCUAAGUCAGAUGACUGAAAUGUAAGUGCUUUCAUCCGAGCGCGUUGUGUCUGCCAGCCACCUCCGUUGGGAGCAGUCAUCGUGCAGUAGCAGCUAGCUCUAGUUUGAUCAUUUUUUUUCUAAAAUAGUUGUCCUUUGUCCUAAUAAGUGAACGAGGUUCCGCUAGAGAGGCCAAGGAAGAUUGUCAUGUAUAAUUUGAUUGUUCUACUCUCUGUGUAGUUUGAUAUUGCUUUGAGUAUUUAUUUUUUCAGAUGAGGCGUGUUUUACGUUGUUUUAAGACAGAGUUGCUCAUGAUUGAAGGAAGGAGACUGGGACGAGGUGGGAUUUACAAAUACUAAAGCUAACAGGUUUCUCGCCACCCUCCUUCACUACAGCUCCUUUUUGUCUAAGAAUUCAAAAACAAAAACUAAAAAGAAACGAAGUAUAUCAAAGGAAAGACACAGUUUUAGGAAACGAGGUGAAAAUGAAUCUCUCUUUCCACUGUUUUGCUACCAAGAUUUUAGUAAUUUUUUUCCCUUGAACUUAAAAUGCUUUAUGUAUUAAAUUAUUCAAUUUUUUUCUAUUAAAAGCCAAAGAUCUGUAUAAAUUCAUGUUUUCUUAGGUGGCAUCCAUUGUGGCAACUGUGAUAUAAAUUACUCCUGUCUUAGAGAUUAAAAGGCACAUGGCAGAUGUGGUGUUAAAUAAACUAAAAUUUCCUAUAAUAACAGCCUUUUUUUUGUGAUAUAAAACAAACCCAUUACUAGUACUACCACUGGCUAAAAAUGUAUCUCUUUAGUCUUAAAAGUACAAAUAUCUGUGGUUUAAGUUUAAAAGAUUUUGCAUAGUCCUCAGAUCCUAAUGAUUUUGUAGAUGAAAUUGAUUAAAAUUCCAGUUUAGUUGAAAUUUUCUGUGUUGGAAUCAAAACCUAAAUUAGUAGUACUUCUGGAAUAUAAUAGCUAUGUUUUGUCUUUUUCUAAAUGGUUUGGAAUAUUCCAGGAUAGAGAUCCACUCUUUUGAAGAGAAUGCAAUGGUUGUGAAAUGUGUGUGUGUGUAUCUGACAGUGCUCCAAAGAACAUGUCACUACCCAGGACUGCUGCAAAGCGUUUUCCAGCCGUGGGGGGACGAGGCACGGAGCCUUAGCGCCAGGCAGGAGCACGGCUCCUCAUCCUGGACUUGUAUACGCUCUUAUCUCUGCAGUAGUUCCUCCAUUUCCCCGUGUCUUGUCCCUGAUUUUAUUUAUUUUAACAUUUAUAGAGUUUAAUAUAUGCCAGGCACUGUUCUUACUGCUUAGCAGUCCUCUUUCAGGGUUUGUUUUUAUUAACAUUUUUAAGGCAGAGAAACAGAUGAAAUUAAAAAGCCAAGCUAUUUUAAUAAGUGGUGCAAAUCAUUUUCUAGGUCUGUAGUUAAAUCAUAAAAAAAGUCAAAUCAUAAAAAGUUUUAUCCUGAAGUGCAGCCCUCCUCUUCCCACUGUCAGUCUUCAGGCUUUCUUCUGACCUAGAUGCAUAAAAUAUUUUUUAACAGGCACUUUCUGUUAUUGCUAAACUAGAAUGCACAUUCAGCCCAGAUGAAACCAACACAUUAGUUGCUCCAGUGAUUUUCUGGGAAGUUACAAUCUUCUGAAAAUUGAUUUUUUGGGGGGUAUGAUUUGGUUUAGCAUAACUUUGUAUGGUUAAUUCUUAUGUUACAUGUUAACACCAUAAUGGAAACUAAUUAUCAUCAAAUUCACAUAAAGCUGGUUUUCAAAAACCUGGCAAAUUUGUGAUGUGUAUUACUUUUAUGGUACAUAUACAGGUAUGCGCUGCUUUCAGCAGAUUUAUAUAUUUGAAAGAGAACAACAGAGAGAGAGCUCAUCCCUCUGUGGAUUCGCUUCCCAGAUGGCACAGCAGCCACACCCAGGCCUGGAGCUCCACUGUGAGUGGCAGGACUGCUAGCACUCGGUCCAUCUUCCACUGCCUUUCCAGGCACAUCGACCGGAUCCGAGGGAUGCUAAUGGGUACUCUGAAAUAGGAUGCUGGCUUUGCAAGAGGCAGCUUAACAUGCUGCCAGACCCCAUGCCUUGCUUUUAGAAUAUACAGAGUCUAAAAUUAUUAAACACUUUAUUUAAAAGAAGGUAAAAACCCUAUUGACCUAAUAAGAUAAUUUUUCACUUUAAGAGAAUUUAUCAUAGACUUGCUCUUAUGUUAUUUCAUUUAAAUGAUUGAAUUUUUUUUUAGAAGUUGCAGGGAUCUUCCCAAUAUUGUUGUUGCAGAAAGUGAGGUGCAUGUGUAUCUUUUGCACAUGUUGGUCUUGUAUGUUAGAGAAAAAAGGAGAGAAAAAAGAAAUGAAAAUAUUAGAUUUCAUAGGCUGUUUAGUAUAAACACUGACAAUGAAAUAUAAGCUUUGUGCUAAUAACGUUGAGCUGAGUGACUAUGUGAUGGUUGUGUCUGUCAGCAAGCCUGGCAUAUGCAGGACAUGUGUCCAUGAGUGGUGCACAGGGUGAGUGACCCUCAGUGUUAGCGCACAGAGGCUGUUCACAUGGCUGACUGGUAUCUUCUUGUGUCUACACAUAGUAAAACUGAAGUUUUCUUUACUUUUUCUGUGUGUUUUUUUUAUAAUGUUUUUCUUUUAUAGCUGCCUAAAACAUUGAAGGAGAAUCAAUUCUUCAGCUCAAGAUGUCUGAUUAACUGUGAAUGGGCUAAGUCUUUGAUGACACUGAAAACGUUUUGGGACAUACAGAUUCUCAAAACACAGGAUCCAAUAUCCAAAAGUAAUGGAACUUAACCUUGUGCCAAAGUUAAACUACUGCAGUUGGCGGAAGUUCUGCAAUGUAAAUAGAACACUAAUUAAAAAACUUGUAAAAAAAAAAAGUCAAGUUUUAAUACAUUUUUAUUCUGAUACAAUGGAGACAUUCUAAAUCUAAGACUUUCUGAGGGGUUUCAUGACCACUGGAGCUUGUCCUCCUACUUGGUCCAGCUUACUACUGUGUGUCUGGUAAGAUGGGCUUUGUUGCCUGGAUAUGUCUUUGAUAUGUAAUUAACCUUGCAGCUUUGAGUGACCAAACGUUUUAUGGAGUAAAAGUUGCUAGAAAUGGGGGGGGGGGGGAAGAAUUGAAUUAUGAUUUAUUUCUGUGUCUCUUAUUUAUCAGGCCCUGCACUGGGAUUAGAAAUUGUGCAUGGGCUUAUACAACUUAAAGUCUAAGAACAACCUAUUUAAAUAUAUUGAAACAGUAAGAUUUGGGGAGCUCAUUGGCCCUUGAUGAUUGGAUCUUUCAUGAAACACAUUCAUGGAUACCACUAUUUCUAUUUGUAAUACUUCUUUUACUUUUUUCAUUAGAAGCUGAAUUGCUUUUUAUUAAACUGAAGAUAAUGUCGAAGAAUGAAAGGAAACUGGCGUAAGAAUUUGGAUAGGGUGAAACUCUGAAAUGAGUAUUGUACCAAAAAUGUGAAGAAAUAAUCAUAUAGUAAAUACGUGAUUUCCUUACAAUCAUAUGGAAAGCAGAAGUAUGCAUACAGGUGUCAAUUCAAAAAUUCCAAGAAUGAUGUCUUUAUGAAAUUCUGCUUUGCAUAAUAAUGUCUGAGAACAAAUUCUGAACUGGUCAUAAUGAGUUAAGUUAGCUUGAUGCUUUGAAUCGUGGGAAUGUUAGCCGUUAACUGUCACUGAAUCAGGAGACUGAAGGUUCAGGCUCAUUGAGAAAUUCUGCCAAGACCGGUGCUGUUCAUUCAUAUUGAGAAGGACCUCUGUUUCGUGAUCAUAGGACCAUUUUGCAAAAUGUACUUUCUUCACAGAAGAAAUGAUCAGCUUAAUUAGCUCUGGCUUUUAAAAUGUUUUUUUCUGAAUGAUCAAAUGUAGUAGGCUUGGCCAGUUUAUAUAAUCUAAUUUAAUUAAUAAUAAAUAUUCAGCUCUUGGUUAAAUGUUUGUCAGCUAAUUAAAAUGUUACAAAAAAAAGCCUUGAGUAUGCAUGCUGCUUUCAUUUUGAUAAACUUUUUACUUUUAACUAUAGCUUUAUUAGUAAUUCCGAAAUGCUGCAGUUUAGCUGAGUUCUUCACUCAAACAGCUGGCUUGGUGGGUGGCUUUUUUCAUACUACUGUUAACUUUUUAAUAAAAAGAAGAGACAAUGUAAAGACUGUAAUAAUUGAAUGCACUAAGCUGUUUUUCUUUUACACAUUUAAAGACUUCUUAAAGCACUCUGUAUUAUACUGAUUAAAUUGCUCCCUUUUCUAAA